AUGGCUACCCAGCUGAACCUUGCCAGGGAUGGCGUUCCUCUCACUGCUCGUGAAGCUGCGUCGGGGAUUCUGGGCUCGAUAUCGCUGACCUGCUGGAUGUUUCUCUUGCUCCCUCAGCUCAUUGAAAACUACCGUAAUGGCAGCGCCGAGGGGAUUUCAAUGGCCUUCCUUCUCGUUUGGUUUGUCGGCGACGUCACAAAUUUCAUCGGGGGAGUCUGGGCGCAGCUGGUCCCUGUCGUGAUCGCUAUCGCCGUCUACUUCUGUAUUGCAGAUGGAGUCCUCAUUGGCCAAUGCCUGUAUUACAAUAUCCGCAAUGCGCGCCGUGAGAGACGCCGCCAGAGCGUGUAUUCGUCGACCGAGCCACCGACCCCGACCACUCCGCUUCUAGGACGGAGUCUCAGUGACGACUUUGGUCUAACGGGGUCGCGACGACGGAGGUCUUCUGCAUCACUGAGAGACGGCCAGCCACGACGGACGAGCCACCCGGAGGAUACUCUGGCCAAGAUCGUCGAAGAAGGAGAGUCGGGCGCCAGAGCGUGGGUGAAGAACCUGGUCAGCGUGUUGGCUAUUGCCAUGAUCGGGACGGCAGGCUGGGCGAUUGCCUGGCAAACGGGCAUGUGGAAGCCUUCGCCGGAGGAGCAUGGGGGCAGAUCGGAGAUGGUGCCUGGAGCGCAGGUGUUGGGCUACUUCAGUGCGAUCUGCUAUCUGGGAGCACGUCUCCCACAGAUCUACAAGAACUACACCGAGAAGUCGUGUGAGGGUAAAAAUUGCCGACUGACUGAAAUGUUCGGUGAAGCAUUAAGCUGA